UUGUUCAAACAGCAAUUUGCCCACUGAGUGGUGGAUAUUGUCACUAUGGCCUACUGGUAUAAUGGACAUCUGGACCCUACCAGUGACAUACCACUCUAUGAGGAGUGUCUAAUCCCCACUUCAUGGGAGUUACUUAGUCGUAUACUGCUGCAGGAAGCUUGCACUGCUGCUACCUAGUGUCAUUGUAUCUCUGAACAAGACUAUAUAGAGAACAUUAGAGGAAGAUGUUCAAAGUUAAAAAGGGACAUGUGGAUCAACGUUUUAAACCCCACCUAUAGCAAAACCUGCUUAAUUAUACCAAACAACAUUCAAGUAGAACAUACAGCAUGCUUUAUUAUAUGAUUAGAUAUUAUAGUAUUAUAUUUACUUCAAACAAAUACAUCCAUAUACAAAAUAUAUUAAAAGAUGUCUCCAUUCUAUGCCCCCAAAUACAGACUUGCACAAUAUCCUCAUCAUAUUACUUGUUUUUUUUGGUUGUUUUUUUUUUUUUUAGGGGGAUGUGUGUGUGUGUGUUUGGGGGGGGUUUGUUGUUGUGUUUUUUACUGCAGGCCACUGUUAGCUCCAAGGAUACCUCACAAACCCACAAUCCAAUGUAACCUAGCAUCAACAACUGUGAUUUGAAAAACAUUUGACCCGUGGGAUAAUGUAAACAUGCAGAAAUCUAUAUAUUUAAGUCUCUGGGUAGAUAAACAAGUGGUGAAAAUGAACACCAUCACCUCAGAUGUGUUCAGUUUGUGGAUAUCAUGAUGCUGUAGCACAUUUACUGAAUUAGUUGUCAUCAUACUUAGUCUUAUCAGUUUGUUGUAGGUAAGAAAGCAUAGUUGUAGUAAAAGAAAGUAAUUUGCCCAUGUUAAAUGUCUUAACUAGUAUUUUGUUAUGUUAUUUUUUCCAGGUCUUGAAGUUAUAAUGGGGGGAGACACAUAUCUUAAUAAUUCGAAUUUAACACGUUUUAUGACUAUUCUGACCAUGGAAUCAUUGGACAUACCUCCAUCCAGUGCUUCUUCAAUAUUCGUUUUUGGUAUCAUCACAUACUGUUUAAUUUUGUUCUUCCAGUCCAUGCUACUUGUGACUAUUCUUGUAAAAAGGGAUCUGCAUAAACCAAUGUACAUACUGCUCUUUAAUUUGUCUCUAUGUGACCUUAUGGGAGCUACGGCUUUUUUCCCACAAAUGGUUUGCAGUAUACUGUCUCAGAGUAGAGAAAUAUCCUACCCUACCUGUGCGUUACAAGGCAUCCUAAUUCACCUUUAUGGAGGUGGAUCUCUCUUAUUUCUCACUGUUAUGGCAUAUGACAGAUAUAUUGCUAUUUGUAAGCCUUUGAGAUACCACAAUCUGAUGACACAAGGUACCUUGAUGAAACUUAUUUUUAUGGUCUGGUCCAUAGAUGUUGUUAUAAUUGGGUCUUUAUUUAUACUCACGAUAAGCAAAGAAAUUUGCAGGACAAAUAUAGUGGACACAUACUGCAAUAAUCCUUCUUUAAUGAAGUUAAGCUGUGAGGAUAUGAGAGCUAUUAACUAUUAUGGCUUGUUUACUAUAGCUCUUAUACAAGGCUCUUCCAUACUGAUAGUGUCAUUAUCAUAUAUCAAAAUCCUAAUUACCUGUCUUUCUACAAAACAAGCAAAAUCUGUAAGUAAGGCAAUGCAAACCUGUGGGACGCAUUUAAUUGUUUUUCUGAGUUUUGAGAUUAACACAUUCUUACUACUGAUUUCACACAGGUUAGAUGCAGUAUCUCCACACUUAAGAAGGGCCUUUGGUGUUUCAAUUGUUAUCUUUCCUCCAAUUCUUAACCCUCUAAUUUACGGGUUGAAAACAAGGGAAAUUCGACAAGCAGUGUUUACGUUUUUACAAAGAAAGAUUUCUUUUAUCUAA